AUGCGUGUCCACUACUUAAUCUGGAUUUGGAUUAACUUCUCCUUUGGUGACUCUGAAUUUCAUUACCUAUGUCAGAAAAUCUGCCUUUGCAAAGAAGGGGCCAAGUUUGUGAACUGCUCUGGAGUCAAUGUGACUGACAACUUCAUCUUCCCUCCUGAGACCAAGCACUUGGAUUUGUCCAUCAGUAACCUGUAUUCUGUUCCAAGCAAAGCUCUGAGAUCCCUGUGGAAGUUACAAGUUCUACUUCUGAGUGGGAACUACAUCACCAAAGUCAGAGAGAGUGCAUUUAGCUCUCUUGAGAGACUCCAGAAGCUUGAUAUCCAUAGAAAUGAGAUAACAGUGCUUGGAAACAGUUUCUCCACAGGGCUCAGUUCUCUCAGAGAGCUGAAUUUGUCCUAUAAUAGGCUCCAGAAAUUAUAUUACAGGAACUUCCAGCAUUUUGAGAACCUUCAGAAGCUCAACUUCCAAAAUAACAAUAUCUCCUCCAUAGAAAUGGGAGCAUUCCGGAGUCUGACCCGCUUGAGGCAGCUUCAUCUUGAAAACAAUCACCUCUUGAACCUCCACAAUGGGGUCUUCUCCACGCUGCAGCAUUUACAGGUUCUGAACUUGGAGGGCAACAGGAUAAAGAUGAUUGCUCCUGGGGUCUUUACCUCCUUGAAUCGCCUUACGGUACUUAACUUGGUGCGCAAUGAAAUUGAACCUAUCCGAUUCAAAACCUUCCUAACAAUCCAGACCCCUGGGAGACACAUCUUGCUCUCCUACAACUUGUGGUUCUGCAACUGUGAUCUGCAGAGAGUCUUUGCAAAGCUGCACAGUGUCAAGCGGCUGAUCUUGGAUGACUACGAAAACAUGACAUGCAUGGAGCCGCAAGUCCUAAGAAACCUGUCCCUGUCAUCGGUUGACACCCAGCUCUGCAUUGCAGAGACUGUGACGGUUCUCAUCAUUACCUUCACAGUGUUCAUUACUGUGGUGGCAGCCAUUGUGAUGGCUGAGAGGAACAGGAAGAAAAGGACAGGCAAGCACUGGAGUGAGGACAGUGACAUCUCUUAUGAAUCACAAGACUGAGUUUAGAGACUAACACAUUUAUUUGAGAAUAAGUUUUUGUGGGCUAAAACCCACUUCAUCGGAUACAUGCAGUGGAAAAUACAGUUGGAAGAUAUAUAUUG